AUGAAUUCUCAAAACAGGAAAAAGCAAAAGUGGAGGCAUCGAAUGGGACCUAUUAAUUAUGCUAGAGUACGCGUGGCAUUGCGUGCAGCCAAAGACAACAACGAAGAACCAUCAAAGCCUGAAAUAUUUAUUACAACUCGUAACAAGACGGGAAAGGAAAUCCAGGCUGAUACCCAAGUUGCAAUAGCUGAACUUCAAAAUCGCCAAAAUUCAGGGGAAACAGCUGAUGAUGCAUUUAGGGCAGUGUUUGGAAGGGAGCAGCCUGGUCGAGUUAGGUGCUAUGGUAGAUUAGUGACAACAAUUUCUUUGAAGAAAGAUGAGGAAAUUAACAAUCUAAAAGAAAAUCAUGCCGAUGAAAUCACUUCUCUAAAGGAAGAAUUGAGAGAAGAAAUGCGACAUUUAUUCACUCAAUUGCUGCAAAACAACCCUGGAUUAAAUUUUCAAGAUAUACCAGGGUGUGUUGGAUCUAACCUUUCUUCACCUAUUGAUGCAAGUAGUGCACAAGCUGUAACAGGCACAAAUCUUCCAUAUUCUUCGGGGUCAGCUCAAGAUUCGAUUCUUCAAAAGAUGCCAAUGGUGUUCAAUUAA